CAUUCUUCCAAGAACAACCGGAUUAGUCUGGUUGGGGGCUUCAGGCAGAUGAUUGUAGAGGGAGGUCUGACAUCGCUGUGGAGGGAAAAUGGAAUCAACGUUUUAAAGAUUGCACCUGAGACGGCAAUCAAAUUCAUGGCAUAUGAACAAUAUAAGAAAUUGUUAUCAUCAGAGGGAAAGAAGAUUGAGACGCAUAAGAGGUUUAUGGCCGGCUCUAUGGCUGGAGCGACAGCACAGACAGCUAUUUACCCAAUGGAAGUAUUAAAGACUCGUCUGACCCUGAGGAAAACUGGCCAGUUUGGAGGAAUGUUUGACUGUGCCAAGACAAUCCUGAAGAAAGAAGGUGUUAUAGCUUUCUAUAAGGGCUACGUUCCAAAUUUAAUUGGCAUCAUUCCCUAUGCUGGGAUAGACCUCGCUGUUUACGAGACUUUGAAGAACACAUGGUUGUCAUACUAUGCCAAAGACUCAGCAAACCCUGGAGUUCUGGUGUUGUUGGGUUGCGGUACCAUCUCCAGUACCUGUGGCAUUAUAGUGCACAUCUGCAGUUUUAAAUACAUUAUGUCCAACUUCAAGACACCUGACUUAGCAAGCUGCAGGACGGUGGCCCUUGAGGACUGA